CAGCAGGGUUGCAGACAUGCAUGUGGACACUGGCUUUCUGUUGUUCCCUCUGCUUUUUGCUGCACCUUUAUGGACUGUGGUCCAGGCCGUCUCUCCUGUACCCUCAGUCCCUGACCGUGUCCAAGCCGUGGCAGGCUCCUGCGUUGUGGUCCCCUGCUCUUUCUCUCCUCUAGGUCCUCAUCCUUCCAGGGGGAGAAAGGAGAGGGUGGACGUCCGGCUGAGGUUCAGAGGUGGUGGUCACUUCUUCCCCCUGCGCAGCACUGCUUAUAACAGUGAGGACAGGGACCAAGUGAGCAGGGAUUUCCAAGGCAGGACUUCUCUCUUUGGGAGGAUUGCAGAUGGAGACUGCUCGGUGAAGAUUGAAAGGAUCAGCCAGGAUGACUCCCGGGUGUUUGAGAUCGCUCUGAAGAGAGGGGAUGAGUUACUCUGGGGGAAACCUAGGAGCUUCAAUCUGGAUGUUGCAGACACUCCUGAGGCUCCGCUCAUCAGUGGCAUGUUAUCAGCCACAGAGGGACAGCUGGUCACCCUGAACUGCUCCGUCAGGUACCACUGCCCCUCCAGACCUCCUCUCCUGCAGUGGAGGUGGGAGAGAGGAGCUCAACUGAACAGCACUGAGCCCGGGGAGACACUCCACCUCCACCCUGAGCCUGACAGACUGAUGCUGCUGGCCUCUCUGUCCUUCAUCGUGUCACAUAAGGUGAAGCCAAAGCUCAGAUGUGAAGUCAGCUACCCAGGAGCAAAAACACUGACCACUUCUAGGGAGCUACAUGUUACAUUUUCUCCUAAAGAUGUGAUGGUUCAGGUCCAGUCCCUGACGGUGCAUGAGGGGGGCAGCGCCUUGUUGGUCUGCUCAUGUAAAGCUGACCCUCCUGCAUCCGAGUAUCGCUGGUCCUACACCCAACACGGCCACACGGUGCAUCUCCGUCAGCGCACGCACACAGUCCGGGUGUUCAAUGUGACCCGAGACAUGAAGGUCCGCUGCUCUGCUCAGAACCUGAUCGGUCGAGGAGAGUCUCAGCCCACAGCGCUGAAUAUACAAUAUAAACCAGUCAUCCUCCAGCUCACCUCCAGCUGUGAUGCUACAGGUUUAGAGGUACUCUGUCGCUGUUCAGUCGACUCCAACCCCAAACCGGCCGUCACAUGGAGUGUAAACGGGUCUGUUCCUCCCCGCGAUUACAACGUGUCGGUGACAUCUGAGCCUGGCGUGCUCACAGCGACUCUGAGGGGCCACAUGGACAGACCUCAGACAGUGAUCUGCUUUGCUUUCAAUGCGCUGGGGAAUGACUCAAUGAUGUUGCUGCAGGGGGGACAAGAGACACCUGCUUGGUUGUGGUUGGUGAUACCUGCUGUGUGUGCUUGUCUGGUCGUAUUCUUCCUGUCUCUUUGUUUGUACUGCUGCAGAAAAAGAGCAGAGAGGCAUGUCCUGAGCAGACGCCCAGCUGUGUACCCUGAAGGAAUGGGAAUUUAUCAAGACCAAAUGCCCCUCUAUAUUAACUGCACAGAGGUGACUCAUAUCUACACUAAUGGCAGCUACCAGCUUGUAUACCAGAACUGCACACCUCUUUUUGUCCAUACAAAACAGAUGCGUCCGAUGGCUAGAAGAGGUGGAGAGAGAAGAAGAGGAGGAGAGGGUGGAGGCCGUGACAGACGAGUGGGUUUGGGAGUCAGACACACAAGAGAAGUUCAGAGUAAUUCUGUGGCCGAUGCAGAGACAGCUAUCUACUUGGAGAUCCUCUGAGCUUCAUUUGAAGGAGCUCAGUGAUUCACCUGCAGAGUUAACAACUUGAGAAUCAUUGUCCAAUGUAACAUUCAGCUACUGUAUAUAUUCUAAUUCUGUAAUUAUAUGCUACUGCUUUUCAUAGCCGUGCACUAUGUGGUGUCUUGAUUAGUAAGUGGUACUCUGCCUUACAGUCUCCAUAUUUAAUGGUUUCUGGCUUUUUAAGCGUUUACCUGCAACCUGCCUUUGUGCUCUUGAUUUUUCAAGGAUGAAUAGAUGUGAUACAGUGCUAGUUAUUUCAUUAUGGGUCUGUUGUAUAUUGUACAUAAGCACAUUCUCUUGGCUGUUAUUAAAUCUUACCUGUCAGCCACUCCAAAUGUAAGUUUACAAAGUUUAUUAUAUAUAGCAACUUUGAAGAACAGACUUCACAAAGUGCUUCAUAAUUAAAGAUUAAAAGGCAAACUAAAGUGAUCAAGAGUCCAUGUA